CUGUUAAAACUGCUAGUGUCAAGGCAUGCGUCGCGCGGCAAGCUUGUGUAAAUUAUAAUUGUAUUCACUAAUCUAGUGAGAUGUAUAGCGUAAUUAUAACAAUUAUUGUUAUUUUGCUUCUGGUCUGGGAUGUGGGAUAUUAUCUCAGAGCUUAUUUAGUCGUUUUAUUUGGGAGACUGUUUCAAAGAAGAUUCAAGAUUAAUGAAACCACAGUGCUAUACGGUAUCUGCACCACUCGAGACGUGGACAUAUUCUUCACGCACAUGAACAACGCGCGUUUCCUGCGAGCACUGGACUUCUCGCGCAUCCACUUCUAUGACCGCACGGGGCUCUACGAGAAGCUCGCGGCAGUCAAAGGCGCGGCCCUGAUGGGCGCUAGUACUAUACGCUACAGGAGGCCGCUUGACAUAUUCAACCUUUACAAAAUAGAGACCAAGAUGUUAUGCUGGGACGAAAAGACGAUCUUCCUCGAGCACAAGUUCAUCACGAUAAAGGACAACUUUGUGCGCGCUAUAGUUCUUUCACGGACGCACAUAGUAGGUCUCGACCUACCGACGGCCAUGGCGAACGUCCCUGAAGCACACAACAUGAAAACCUUUCCAGAGGAGGUGGUCCAGUGGCAGCAGUGCUUGGAGACUGCGAGCGCUAGGCUUAGGAAGAAGGAUUAAAGUAGGUACCUAAUGCUAAAGACUGAUGCAUUUAUCUGAAUUGGGUUUGGGCUGGGCCACCUUUGUGACACGGAGUCGUUACGCCGGACGAAAGUUAAAGCUGAUUCUGCGACUAUAAAAUGUAAUCAGCCAGUCACUUAUAGAGCGACCAUUUAAUAAAAAAUGUCCGGCCAUGAAAAGGCGGUAUUAAUGGAAGGAAUUUAUGCUUAUUUAAUUGUAAUUGUUUGGCAAGGUACUUAAUAUUGUUUAUGUGUGACUAAUUGGUUAUGUGUAAAAUAGGCAUUCCCGUCCCGAAUUCC